AUGUCGCGUGCAUCAUCGUUCACGGCUGCCUCAAACGGAGAUGUGGAAAAACAGAAUCGUCCAGAUGGACAGGCCCGCUCCCCAGGUGGAACAUCUCAUCGUCACAGCCACUAUGAGGGAAGAGUGGAUGGAGCUGCGGAUGGCAAUACGGAAAAGGAAGACGAGCUGAAGGAGUGGCAGUGCUAUGACAAACUGGGAUAUUCGUAUCCCUGGUACAAGAAAUGGAGUAUCAUCUCGGUAAUCUUCCUUGUGCAACUUUCCAUGAACUGGAAUGCAAGUUUCUAUGCCAGCAGCAUCACUCUCUACUCAAAGCACUUUAAAAUAUCGGAGCAAGCGGCUCGCGUCGGUCAAAUGGACUUCCUAAUUGCGUAUGCCUUUGGAUGCGAGUUCUGGGCCCCAUUCAGUGAGGAAUUCGGUCGUUGGCCCAUCAUGCAAACAAGCCUACUUCUGGUCAAUAUCUGGCAGAUCCCGUGUGCGCUAGCCCCAAAUUUUGGUACCAUUGUUGUCUGUCGCCUGCUAGGGGGUCUUUCCUCCGCGGGAGGGUCAGUGACACUAGGUAUGGUGGCCGAUAUGUGGGAGGCAGAUGAUCAGCAAUGGGCGGUAGCUUAUGUGGUGUUGUCCUCGGUGACAGGUUCUGUGCUCGCGCCCAUUGUGGGUGGCUUUGUCGCGACCUACCUGGAUUGGCAUUGGAACUUCUGGCUUCAGCUCAUUCUUGGCGGGUCUGUGCAAAUACUGCAUCUCUUUGUUCCGGAGACCAGGUGCAGUAUUCUCAUCACCAGAGAAGCGAAGAGAAGACGUAAGGAAGGAAAUAUGGUUUAUAGUGGCGAUGAGCUGAAGGAGAGUCGUCUAACUUUUCGAUAUAUUCUCAUGAUCUGGGCUCGCCCUUUCAUCAUGUUCCUUCGUGAGCCGAUUGUUUUGUGUCUCUCGCUUUUUAGCGGUUUCAGUGAUGCUCUGAUCUUCACCUUCUUGCAAUCUUAUACCCCGGUUUACAAGCAAUGGGGAUUCAGUACCAUUGACACAGGCUUGGCAUUUAUCCCUAUCCUUGUCGGAUACUUGAUCGCCUAUUUCUCGUUCUUACCAUGGAUUCUGCAUCAUAACCAUAUGCGUGCGAAAGAUCCGGACGGUCUACAGCCAGAGACCCGACUAUACUGGUUGUUAUGGGUGGCCCCUCUUUUGGCAAUUGGGCUUUUCGGAUUUUCAUGGACUAGUCUUGGUCCACCACAUGUGCAUUGGAUUGCACCGAUGAUAUUUUCAUGUCUGAUUGCAAUAGCCAAUUACUCGAUCUACAUGGCUACGGUCGAUUACAUGAUAGCAUCAUAUGGCCCAUACGCCGCAUCGGCAACUGGAGGAAAUGGCUUCGCUCGCGACUUCCUGGCCGGUGUGGCUGCCAUGUACUCUAUACCAAUGUAUUCUAACAUGGGUACCACUCACAAGCUUGAGUGGCCGAGCACCCUCCUCGGAUUCCUGGCCAUUAUAUUCACGAUCCCCAUAUACGUAUUUUAUUGGUAUGGACCACGAAUCCGUGAAAAGUGCCCCUUCGCCCAGACACUGGCUUCAGACAGAAAGAAGGCUGGGCGCAGAGUUUCUCAAUGUGGCUCCGGCGAUGCGGACCCAGUACAACGAUAUCUGGCGGAUUCCUUGGAAGAUGUCCGCGAGCAUAGUUCAUCUCACUCAUCUCACUAA